AUGGGCUCAAUGUCCACACCAAAUGGCUACGAAUCUGUAACGCGUGAACCAUUACAAAAACGGCUUACAGUAAAUAUCGGCAAAUAUUGCCGGCAACACGAUAUCAGCGACAAUGUCAAAUCAGAAAUACCAAUGAUUUUCAUGGCCCACAAGCAAGAAAAAGUAUCCCCUAGUGAUGAUAAUCUUGAUACCAAACAACACCAACAUGUAGCCAACAUAAUUAUGAUAUCGCGUUUCUUCAUGACCACCGCCAUUAAGACUAUAAGCAUAAUAAAAGAUGCUUCGGCAAAAACCAUCACUCACGAUAAAAGUAUUAUGCAGCUUUUAGGUCUUGAUCUCCCAUUACCAGAAGUUAGAUUGGCCAAGACCGUUAUCCAGGCCGACGAUAAUAAGGAAGAAACAACGUGGCGUAGCUAUUUUAGUCUUUCUGUCGGCGAACGAGGCAUCAAGGCUGGAACAUCCAUGGAUGCAUUACAAUUCGCUGAGAUUCAGAUGCGUCGAAAUGUCAAAGAUGAAACUGGUGCACUGGAAGAUGAGCCACGUUUAGUGAGGGCCUAAGCUUCUCACGCUCAAGGAUAAACACGGACUUCAAAAGAUUGUCGAGUGGAAUUGCUGUGAGUCAUUAGCAACGAUGAAAAAGAUGUUGCAAGAGAAAACUGGAAAGUUUGUAUCCGAAGAUACUCUUAGUAGCGCUAUACACGAGCUUGGAUAUAACUACCGUGUUACUCGAGAAAAGCCAUUUCUGACACCGGCUGAUAUGGAUGUACGCCUUUAAUGGGCCGGCCAGAAAAUGAACUAGGGAAAAGAAUGGAGAUCAGUGAUAUGGAUUGACGAGUCCCGUUUCUGCCUUUUUAAAGUAGAUGGACAAGACCAUAUAUGGAGAAAGUCUAAGGAAAAAUACAACGCAGAGUUCAUGUAGCCAAAAAUUCAAGGAGGUGGAGGCUCUAUAAAGUUGUGGGGGUGUAUAUGGGCUAGAGGUAUUGGUCCACUUGUCUGUUUAGAGAAUAACAUGGAUGCAAGGGAGUAUAUCAAAGCUUAGAGCGAUUAUUUCAAGGUAUUUUAUGAUAUGCUUCCAAGCAAAGACACCCAGCACUAUGUGUUUCAAGAGGACAACCCGCCUGUUCAUAAAGCAAGAAUUGCAGAAAAGUACAAGAAUGAUCUUGGUCUUGACGUUCUUGAUUGGCCUUCAAAGAGCCCUGAUCUCAGCCCAAUCGAGAACAUGUGGAGCCUGUUGGAUGACCGCGUGCGUGCUAGGUCUCCUCGGCCUAUGAUUUUGAGACAACUGGCCGAAGCAUUGGGAGAGAAGUGGCAACGCAUAAGUUGACAAGAAUGCUAUACCUACUGUAAUAGUAUGCCCAACAAAAUAGAAGCUAUUCAGAAAAACAAGGGUGGGCAUAGCCCAUAUUAAAUAAAGUCGGUUUUUUUAUUGC